UUCACAUGCCCUCUUGAUUGUGUGUGUUUCUGUACUCUGCUCUGGGGUGGCUGCUGUGGGGACGGGACGCGUGUGUGCACCAGGAUAUUGGGGGACACGUUUCUCAUGGCGUACCACUCCAUCUUCCACUUUGGCAAGCCAAUGCGCGUCGGAUUCGCCACCUCGAGAUAG